AUGAACGGAGACUGGAUAAUUCCGAUGGCUAAUGCAGCCAACGCGUUCUUGUUGAUAUCGUGCGGAGCAAAUGCGUACGUGCUCUGGAAUUGUGCAGCCAAAAAGAAAAAGGUAUGGGAGGAAGUAAAGAAGUUCUCCGAAUAACGGAAAUCUUUAGGGGAAUCAGGCGGAUCUGACGAAGUCUUUGGUUCGACCGGUAAGCCAAGAGAUUCCGAAGCACUCGACUUCUGAUGAGAAAAUGUCUGAUUCGACUGCUGAGAGUAAGGAGAAGGACGUUGUGAAGCCGAAGGUAGAGGAGAAGAGAGAGGAGAAGAAAGAAAAGAAGAAGAGCAAAAUGUUGGCAUUGAAGAAGGAGGAAGAACCGAAAAAGGAGGAGCAAAAAGACGAAAAGAAAAAAGAGGCGAAGAAGGAGGAUAAAAAGAACGAGAAGAAGGAGAAGAGCAAAAAGAUGAGCAAGGAGAAGGAAGAGAAGAAGAAAGAGAAGUCGGAGAGCAAAUCGGACGAAGACGAUGAGAAACCGCCAGAGCCAGGCAGUGAUCCACGCAAGAUCUGGGCAUUCAAGGCUGCUAAACUGGUAACAUCUUAUAUUCAAAAACGUUUCAACCGUGUUUUUUUAAAGAAAUGCCAGGCUAUUUCAAAGCUGCACCAGGACAAGAUCAAGGGGUACAUGCCGCCCAACUGCACCUACACUGCCUACGACGCCAAUCCGGACCUCAACCGCUACCUGGACGUCCGUUGCAUUGAGGAGACACGUGUCAUUCUGAAAAACCACGACCGCGACUACAUCCACGCAUCGUGGAUGAGAAUGCCCGGAAAUGACGGCACCGUCUACAUCACCACUCAGGGACCGCUUCCCGAGACUCUUGCCGACUUCUGGCACAUGGUGUUCCAGGAGAAGAUCGCCUACGUGCUGAUGCUGUGCACUCUUUUCGAGGGCGGCGUCGAGAAGUGUACCCUCUAUUAUCCGGAGAAACUGGGAGAAGUGGUCAAGUUCGGAAGGUACGAGAUCACUAUGACCGAAUGCAAGGAAGAGGCCGUCGCAGGGACCAUCUGGAACGCUCUCACAGUCGUCGACACGGGAGACUCCGCCUCGGAGCCGCUCAUCAUGAACCACGUGCAAGUGCCCUGGUGGCCGGAUCAGUUGGCUCCGGAAGAUGCCCGUCCGAUGAUCGAACUGUACAAAUGGGUGAAGAGUGUGAACCCAAAGGGCACUCCCGUCUGCGUGCAUUGCAGUGCCGGCGUCGGAAGAACCGCCACGUUUGUCGGUGAGUGUUGCUUCUGGAGAGCACUGAGAGAUCAUUUCAUUUAAAGGAAUCGACUACGCGACUCGUCGUAUCAUGGAAAAUCCGAACAUUGAAAUGCUGGACAUUGUUCGCGAGAUGCGGGGCAUGCGUUUCCAAGCAGUUCAGUCCCACAUGCAGUUCCUGUUCCUCUACGUGGCCCUGCUUGAGUACUUCAUCGAGGUGACAUUCAUUCGGAAACUAAUAACAGUCUCUUUUACAGGAAGGAGUUGUCGAGCGCACCGGACGCGUUGAAGAGUUCAUGGACCAGUACAAGAAGCACGCACAGAAGAAGCUGGCGAAGAGAGCUAUUCAGAAUCAGUGAGUACUCCGGAUCAUAAUUAAGAUCGGAGACGUUUUCAGGAAGGGAGACAAAGCUGCGGCCGAAGAGAAGGAAAACGAGAAAGUCAAGGCUUGA